UGGUAUCUGAUCUGAUCACUAUUCUACUGUUGUAUUUAGGGAUACAAACCAGAAUAGAUUUGAUGGUAUCUGGUCUGAUCACUAUUCUACUGUUGUAUUCAACAGGAAAAAGGAUUUGGGCAAAAUAGAUUCAUUACACAAUCUUAAACUAAGGGUUGGAUAUAAUAUCUAUUAUCCCAAGUUUGAUCAAGAUAAGAACGGAGUUGACUUGAACACUUAUGAGGGAUAUUUUCUCAAUUCAUUUAUAGAAAAGUUGAAAUUAAACCCUGUUUACACCUAUGCUGAUGAUACAUGGGGUAAAAUUGUUGCUGAUACUGGAAGAUGGAAUGGAGUCGUAGGACUGGUUGGAUAUGAUAAAGUUGAUCUUGGAAUAACUUACAUAGCAUAUACUUCAGAAAGAGCGUCAUUUAUUUCAUACAGCUCUCCAAUUGAUGAAGAUUACAGAACCUGGGUUUCUAAGUUCCCUGGAAAAAAAUCUGCCAUGGAAAAUAUUGUGAAGGUUUUUGACAAAUACACUUGGCUUGCAAUAUUUGUGAGCCUGAUUUUGGCGAGUCUGGGACUACUGCUAAUUGCAAAUGUGGUUAAAUCAUUAGGAUUUGAACAGCCUGAUAAUGUGAUAAUGCUGUUAAUGCCUUUGUCUAUACUGAAUGCUGAACCUAUGCCAGAUUGCUACAUUUUCUUCAAUAAGCGAGUUUAUUCGGGAAGUUUGUUACUAAUGAGUUGGGCGUUGUCUUCUGCCUUACUCACUUUCUCUUUUUCAAGCAAUCUUAGAGCAAUUCUACUAGCUCCAUCCUACCAAAUCCCUAUUGAUACAUCAACACAAAUUGCAGAAAAUAAAAUGUCUGUUGUCCUGCAAGCUAGAGAAAAUCUCCAUUUAAACUAUUUCCUGACGUCGCCUGUGCCAGCUCAAGUUAAAAUGAUGGAGAACGUUGUUUUUGUAAAUGUUUCGACAAAGAUUGAAGUAACUCAAAUUCAACUGACUCUAGAGAAGGAGAACUAUGUUUUCAUGGGUAAUAAGACCAGAGAUGGGCAUGGGUGUCCUUUGUUUAAUAAUAUGGAAGUUAUACAGGAUAUUUUACGAAACACCGAUGCAUUUCCGGAAAGAAAACAAGUUUUGUAUUUUGGGAAGGAACUUAUACGUCCCUACUAUUAUGGAUGGGUUUUACAACAAGAUUCUAAAUGGGCAAAACAUGUAAAUCAUCACAUUCUUCUUUGCCAACAGGCUGGAUUUAUACGGAAAAUAUCAAGGCAGCAGUUUAACCUAGAGUAUGAUGAACAAGUUUCAAAUACAGCUAAAUUAAAUUUUCACCACAUGGCUGCUGCUUACAUUCUUCUUGGGAUCGGACUAGUUUUUAAUAGAAUUAUCAUUUUCGGACCAAGUCCUGAACCAGAAAGUUUGUCUACACCUGCAGCUUCAAGCAGAUCCCUACAGAAGCAGCGUAUACAGUUCUGCUACAGACAGCUCCUUGAUGUUCUGAAGAUUCGUCAAUAUCAGCAGUUGAGAAGCUCCCUAAAUCCUCCCACAGAAACUAACUACACAAAGCAUCAUGAAAACUCCAAGGAUGGUAAAGCUAGCUCCAGCCAUGAGAGCUGCUUUCAUGCUGACAAGAAGUUCACAUAG